CAUCAUGUCCGGCUUAGAAAAGGCUCUUUUCAACCUCAAGUUCACGACGAAGCAGUUAAACCGGCAAGCGGCAAAGGCGGGCAAAGAUGAGACCGCCGAGAAGGCCAAGCUAGAGAAGGCUAUGAAAGCAGGUCACAAUGAUAUCGCCCGCAUCUACGCCCAGAAUGCCAUCCGGAAAUCAAACGAGAAACUCAACCUCCUCCGGCUCGCUUCCCGCAUCGACGCUGUCAGCAGCAGAGUGCAAACCGCAGUUACAAUGCGACAAGUUACUGGCAGCAUGGCGAAUGUAGUAAGGGGCAUGGAUUCGGCCAUGAAGGCCAUGGAUUUGGAGAAGAUAUCCGCCGUGAUGGAUAAGUUCGAGACCCAGUUCGAAGACCUCGACGUCGCGACAGGAUACUACGAGAACGCGACUUCAUCCGCAACCGCUGUUGGAACUCCGCAGGAAGAUGUCGAUCGGCUGAUGAACCAGGCGGCAGACAAGGCAGGCGUGGAGCUACAUCAAGACUUGGAGGCGGCAACGCCCGCGAAGACGAAGGUUGGCCCAACGGAGCAGGAGGAAGAGGGCUUGAAUGAGAGGCUGAGGGCACUGAGGAGCUGAUUUUGCUUCACUGGUUGUGUUGCUGAAGCCACGGAGUUUAUGG